CACCACAGUCAGGUGUGACCCGCUGCGCCACCAUGACCUCUAAGGAGGACUCCAAAUGCCCAGCGGUGCUGGAGGAGCGGAGGCGCAGUCCGCUGGAUCAGCUCCCGCCGCCAGCCAACUCCAACAAGCCGCUGACGCCUUUCAGCAUCGAGGACAUCCUCAGCAAGCCGGUCGUGCGAAGGAGCUACUCCCUGAGCGCGGCGGCACACCACAUCUCUCCCGGAGAGAAGCUGCCCUCGGCGGGUCACAGCCUGUCCAGCCGAGCGCUGCUCAGUCAGACCUCCCCGCUGUGCGCGCUGGAGGAGCUGGCCAGCAAAACCUUCAAGGGGCUGGAGGUCAGCGUCCUGCAGGCGGCCGAGGGCCGAGACGGUCUGACGCUAUUCGGCCAGAGGAACACCCCUAAGAAGCGGCGAAAGUCCCGCACGGCGUUUACCAACCACCAGAUCUACGAGCUGGAGAAGCGCUUCCUGUACCAGAAGUACCUGAGCCCGGCGGACCGGGACCAGAUCGCCCAGCAGCUAGGUUUGACCAACGCGCAGGUCAUCACCUGGUUCCAGAACCGGCGGGCAAAGCUCAAGCGGGACCUGGAGGAGAUGAAAGCGGACGUGGAGUCCGCCAAGGCCGCGGGCCCUGUGGCCUUUGAGAAGCUCUCAAAGCUGGCUGAGCUGGAGAAGUGCGCGGCCGGAGGUAUGGGCGGAGGGCCGGUUACAGCGCCGGGCCACACGAAGCCCGAACCGGCCUCCACCAGGGUCCACCACGACACUGCCGAGAAUCUCGACUCGAGCAGAGCGCACAUGUCGCCUCAUUCACCCGCCUCGUCGUGGUACACGGACCGGCUGAGCAGCCAGUGCUGCUCAGAGGACGAAGAUGAGGAGAUUGACGUGGAUGACUAAAGACUCAGCCAUGUGAAGUGCCAAAUAACGCAGAAACUUUACGAGGAUUCCAUCUUUUACGCACGGACACGGUGCGAUCAAACUAUCCAGAAUGUUUGAUUUGAGAGCUGCCAUAGACCCGCUGCUUUCUGCCUUUCAUGCGCGCGCCCAGAAAGCGCGUGACACGUGACAGAGAGACACUCAGAAGGAAGGAGGCAAACAUGCAGGUGCACACUCACACUCACACACACACACACACACAGUCCAGUCCCUUAUUCUGGUUACAAUCACUGAAAUAUUUCACCGCAUGUUUCAUUUGCUUUUAUUUUAAAAUUGAUGGAAAAGGCUUCUACAAAUCACUUUUAUAAGCUGGAGCCGACUCUUUUCAGCUUUUUGAUAUAUCAUGAUAAUCACACACAGGAAAUGUGUUGCUAAAAGCUUGUAAUAAAUAACGAUUUAAUAUAUUUAUAAUGCUUUGUACAACCUUUAAGUGCCUUUGGAAUAUACAGAACGCAUAAACUGUACAAACUGUAAUUUAAUAUUGUAACACUGACAAUGGA